AUGACAUCUAAACAUUUCACUACCUCGGAGUUACCCUCCAAAACAUAUCUACUUAUCGUCUACCUCCUGAUCUUUGCCACGUCAGCUGUUGCCUCCAUCCUCAACGACGGUAACAAAAACAAUCUGAUGUGCGAGGAUCCCCCGGAUAAUGUCCUCCACGCUAUGCUUAACUCCCCUGGCGAGGUUCACGAGUCAUUCUUCCAGUUGCCGGUCUUGCUGAACAUGUCGACCACCCUGGAGACAUUUAAGACCAACAAUUCUCGUCAAGUGAAAAUCAAGCACUCUGUGAUAUUUGACGACGGGAACAGUUGCUCUCGUGAUUACUCAGCAGUGCCCAACUUCGAUCCCUGUCCGUUGAGAUGGGUCUUCAAUGUAGACGACCACCGUCGCCCCAAGGUUCUGGUGGAAGCGCAGUGCAAGAAGUGUCACGGGGGCUGCAUGGGGAAAGAAAUCGAGGCUGAAUGCAAGCCAAUCCGUUACCAUGUCAAGGUCCUGCGGCGCAGUCACUGUGACCAAAGCGGGAAAUACAACUAUACCCAGGUGUGGGAGCCGAUCACCGUGGGGUGCGCCUGUAGAGGGGUGGACUAUCGCUUUGAUGCCAGUGGAAGCAGGGGAGCACCGUCCAACAAAAAGUAAUGCAUGGAGAAUCCGAUUGCAGUAUAACCAGAAGUUUGUUCUCAUUUUCGUGGGAAACAACAGCUUUAACUGGCCUGGGACUGACCAAAACAUCUGUUGACUCAAACAUCAUCAGGAGUGAGAUACGGAGCUUCUACUGCCUGUGACCUGGUUCUGAUCUGCUGUGGACAUCGAUUUAUGUUUCCUAUUCAACUGCCUUGUUACACAAGACAGCAUUUAGUCUGUUUAUAAAGCAAUGCAAGCACGGUUAACCAUAUAGGUAUAUAUAUAUAUGUCGUAUGCCACAUUGGCAGUUUACAGACUUAUAAAUCUGCAAAGAUGCUAUUAUUGAAGUAAUGAUUAGCAGUCGUAAAAUAUCUUGUUAUGUAUCAUAAUAAGUCACGGCUGUGUAAUAAAACUGGAGAGUAAACUAUUAGUUAUAUUAUAUGGUGUGUUCGGUGAUUAGAAAAUGGACAAGGAUAUCGUCAAUGAUUGUAGAUAAAGCUGUUAGCUUGUCCAGGAUACGGUUACUGUGCGCAUUA